GACCUUAACGUAAGCAGUGUGCGCCGCCGCCUGCUACUCCUCGCGGGGGUGGGCGCGCCUGCGCAGUGGGGGCGCGUUCGGUGCGGGAGGUUCGGAGGGGCUGGCGAUGGCUCCAAUGAGGCGCCGUUCAGAAUUACAGUAGACUGAUGGUGUAUGCGUCAAAGACUGUAGCUGCGCUUUAUUUUAAUAGAUUGCAGUUAUAGAAGAUAGACACCCAGGAGAUUUUGCCUUUUGCCAUGGCUCAGUUUGGAGGACAGAAGAAUCCCCCUUGGGCUACUCAGUUUACAGCCACUGCUGUAUCUCAGCCAGCUGCUCUUGGUGUACAGCAGCCAUCGCUGCUUGGAGCCUCUCCUACAAUAUACACCCAGCAGACAGCAUUGGCAGCAGCAGGCCUGACUACACAAACACCAACAAACUAUCAGCUAACUCAGACAGCUGCUUUACAGCAGCAAGCUGCAGCUGCAGCGGCUGCAUUACAGCAGCAAUAUUCACAACCUCAGCAGACUCUCUAUAGUGUACAGCAACAGUUGCAGCAACCUCAGCAGACCCUUUUAACUCAGCCAGCUGUUGCGCUGCCUACCAGUCUUAGCCUGUCUACUCCUCAACCAGCAGCCCAGAUAACUGUUUCUUACCCAGCACCUCGGUCAAGCCAACAGCAAACCCAGCCACAAAAGCAGCGUGUCUUCACUGGGGUUGUUACUAAACUACAUGAUACAUUUGGUUUUGUGGAUGAAGAUGUCUUUUUUCAACUUAGUGCUGUUAAAGGAAAAACACCUCAGGUGGGUGACAGAGUUUUGGUAGAGGCUACUUACAAUCCUAAUAUGCCGUUCAAAUGGAAUGCACAAAGGAUCCAGACACUUCCAAAUCAGAACCAGACACAAGCUCAACCGUUACUGAAGACUCCUCCAGCAGUUCUUCAGCCCAUUGCACAGCAGACUGCAUUCAGUGUUCAGGCACAGCCACAGCCACAGUCCUUGUUGCAGGCACAAAUAUCAGCAGCUUCAAUCACACCUUUGCUUCAGACACAGCCUCAGCCAUUACUGCAGCAGCCACAACAGAAAGGUGGUUUGUUACAGCCACCUGUUCGUCUAGUUUCACAGCCUCAACCAGCUCGAAGAUUAGACCCACCAUCCAGAUUUUCCGGGAGGAAUGACAGAGGAGGAGACCCUAUGCCAAACCGAAAAGAUGACAGGAGUCGCGAAAGAGAACGAGAGAGACGUAGGUCCCGGGAAAGGUCACCCCAGAGAAAACGCUCCAGAGAGAGGUCACCUAGACGAGAAAGGGAGAGGUCACCUCGAAGACCACGACGUGUUGUUCCUCGUUACACGGUUCAAUUUUCAAAGUUUUCACUGGACUGCCGUAGCUGCGAUAUGAUGGAGCUGAGGAGGCGUUACCAGAACUUGUAUAUCCCAAGUGAUUUCUUUGAUGCUCAGUUUACAUGGGUGGAUGCUUUUCCUAUGUCUAGACCAUUUCAGCUGGGAAACUACUGUAAUUUCUAUGUAAUGCAUAGAGAAGUAGAUCCUAUAGAUAAAAACGGUGCUGUCCUUGAUCCACCUGAUGCUGAUCAUCUGUACAGUGCAAAGGUGAUGUUGAUGGCUAGUCCUAGUAUGGAAGAUCUCUAUCACAAGUCAUGUGCUCUGGCUGAAGAUCCUCAAGAACUUCGUGAUGGAUUUCAGCAUCCCGCUAGACUUGUAAAGUUUUUAGUGGGUAUGAAAGGCAAAGAUGAAGCUAUGGCAAUUGGAGGACACUGGUCCCCAUCACUGGAUGGACCUGAUCCAGAAAAGGACCCUUCCGUGCUGAUAAAGACGGCUAUUCGUUGUUGCAAGGCUCUUACAGGAAUUGACUUAAGUGUGUGCACACAAUGGUACCGUUUUGCAGAGAUUCGCUACCAUCGCCCUGAGGAGACCCACAAGGGGCGUACAGUUCCAGCUCAUGUGGAGACAGUGGUUUUAUUUUUCCCGGAUGUUUGGCAUUGCCUUCCCACCCGCUCAGAGUGGGAAACCCUCUCCCGAGGAUACAAGCAGCAGCUGGUCGAGAAGCUUCAGGGUGAACGCAAGGAGGCUGAUGGAGAACAGGAUGAAGAGGAAAAGGAUGAUGGGGAAGCUAAAGAGAUCUCUACACCUACACACUGGUCUAAAUUGGAUCCAAAAACAAUGAAGGUAAAUGACCUUCGCAAAGAAUUAGAAAGUCGAACCCUUAGCUCUAAAGGGCUGAAGUCGCAGUUGAUAGCUCGACUGACAAAGCAGCUGAAAGUAGAGGAACAAAAAGAAGAGCAAAAGGAGCUAGAGAAGUCUGAGAAAGAAGAGGAAGAGGAGGAAGAUAGGAAAUCUGAAGAUGACAGAGAGGAAGAGGAAAGAAAACGUCAAGAAGAAAUGGAACGUCAGCGGCGUGAGAGACGAUAUAUCUUACCUGAUGAACCAGCAAUCAUUGUACAUCCUAACUGGGCAGCAAAGAGUGGAAAGUUUGACUGUAGCAUUAUGUCUCUUAGUGUUCUUCUGGACUAUAGAUUAGAAGAUAAUAAAGAACAUUCCUUUGAGGUGUCGUUGUUUGCUGAACUCUUCAAUGAAAUGCUUCAGAGAGAUUUUGGUGUCAGAAUUUACAAAGCACUGAUUUCUCUCCCAGAGAGGGAAGACAAAAAAGACAAAAAAGGCAAAAAGGAUGAGAGAAAAGAAAAAAAAGAAGAAAAGGAUGAUGAAACAGAUGAUCCAAAACCUAAGAGGAGAAAAUCUGGAGAUGAUAAAAAAGAAGAUAGAGACGAAAAGAAGGAACUUCUAUUACAGAGGGAAGAUAAAAGGAAGGAUGAUUCUAAGGAUGAAGAAGAAACUGAAGAGGACAAUAAUCAAGAAGAAUAUGAUCCGAUGGAGGCAGAAGAUGCUGAAGAUGACGAUGAAGAAUGCAGACCACUCGCAACUCCCAUUGAAGUCAGUAGGAGAUAUCGGGAUGAGGAGGACAUGAACAAACGAGAGGACAGAAGAGAGGGCAAUAGGCAUUGCAAAGAGAGAUCAUCUAAAGAUAAAGAGAAGGACAAGACACAGAUGGUAACUGUUAAUAGAGAUCUUCUGAUGGCUUUUGUUUAUUUUGAUCAAAGUCAUUGUGGAUAUCUUCUGGAGAAGGACAUGGAGGAGAUACUGUACACUCUUGGAUUACACCUGUCACGUGCUCAGGUCAAGAAGCUACUUAGUAAAGUAGUGCUUAGAGAAUCUUGCUUUUAUAGAAGACUAACAGACACUUCUAAAGAUGAAGAAAACCAAGAAGAGUCUGAAGAGCUACAAGAAGAUAUGUUAGGAAACAGACUACUGUUACCAUCGCCUACUGUAAAGCAAGAAUCUAAAGCCAUAGAAGAAAAUGUUGGCCUCAUUGUGUACAAUGGAGCUAUGGUGGAUGUUGGGAGCCUUUUACAGAAGCUGGAGAAGAGUGAAAGAGUGCGGGCAGAAAUAGAACAAAAGCUUCAGUUACUAGAAGAAAAAACAGGUGAGGACGAAAAGACCAUACUACAACUGGAGAAUUCUAACAGAAGUCUAUCUACAGAGCUCAAAGAAGUGAAAAAGGACCUUGGUCAUCUGCAAGAAAAUUUGAAGAUCUCGGAUGAUAAAAACUUGCAAUUUGAGGGUCAGCUGAAUAAGACAAUCAAAAAUUUAGCUACUGUUAUGGAUGAAAUACAGAGUGUUCUUAAAAAGGAUAUUGUGAAGAGCGAAGAUAAAGAUCAGAAAUCCAAAGAAAAUGGAGCAAACGUAUGAUAAAACUGCUGCUGUUCAGAAGAAUGGUGUUACAUAAUGUAAUAUAAAUCAUGAUACCAGAAUGUAUGGGAAGUGAUGCAUGUUUGAUUUUAGUAGUAUAAAUAUCUUAGUUCCAAAAGAUGUAUAAAGUUUUAUGAAUGUGAGUGUCUGCUUCUGGAGAUUGCUUGUAAUUCUUAGCACUCAAUUUGAGACACUCCUCGAGUGAAAAUAAUUUUGCAUUGCAAAAUGUUUUAGGAUGAACUUUGUUACAGUUUUAACCCUAAUAAAGUUCAUCAACAAAAUGAAAAGUAGCAAGUAUUUAAUUACCAAAUGCUUUUCAUUAAAGUCUAGUGAUAUCAAAAUUGUCAUUAUUUAUAGAAUUGCCAUUUUUAGGUUUUUAUUUUGGUCUAAUUAGUCUUUAUAAGUUCAAAUAUGAAUCACAAAAUAGCUGCUUCAUUUUGCAAGUAAAGAUUUUUUUUUUAAGAGCUUCUUGGAUUUAAUUUUUUUUUUACUUGUCUCCAUUUUCUUUUCCCUUCCAAAUGUAACUUUCUGUCCCAAAGCUGCUUGCGUUAAAGCCUCAUACAGUGGUUCAGAUGAGAUAAGAAAGCAAUAGAAACCUACCAAAAUACUGGCAGGGUUGUGACAUUUAUAUGAAAAUACAUGGGCCUGUUUUAAAUGUGUGUUGUCUGUGGUUUUUUAAUUGUUCUUAUCUUUGGAUUAAUAUAUACGCUCAUUUUCAAUAACAAAUGAAGUAUAUUAAAAUGUAUGGUUGGAAAUCAGGCCAGUAGAUGUCAGAAUAAUGCCUUACAUGGAGAAAAAGCUAGCACUGUAAGCCACCUUUAAUUAAAUUUGGCCUUCUUUCUUAGUAUGUAUAAUUACUUCAGAGACUCUAGUCCAACAAAUUAAUGGAUACACAAGUAUCAAUACUCCAUAUUAUAGUUACUAAGGAGCAGUACACAACUUGGUUUGUUGAAAGUGGGUAAGAUUGCCUGCCUUUGUAGUCACAAAUCACUAGAGAUCUAAGUUAACGUGACAUCAUUGUCAAAGGCAGCUUACUCAAAUAAUGUGAAAUAUGAACUAUUGUGUUUUGAUGCAACUUCCAGGAAAAUUAAUGGUUUUCUUACAGAAAUGGUUAAUUUUAGCAGACCUUUCUUUUUUAUCCUAGAUAUCCUAGGUGACUAAAUACCUGUUAGGAAAGUCUAAGUGCCAUAAUAUGUGUGAAUAACCUACAUGCAAAUAUGUGUAGCUUUACUGAGAUACACAUUAAAAUGCCUGAGUUUAUGUUCAA